AUGGUGCUCAUUCAAAACUGGUAUCCCCCAUCGCGGGCCAAUUGGGAGCUUCUCGUGAACGGAUUUCAAUAUUUCCCUCUCAUAACACUCGUUCAAUGGGCAAUUAAAUGGUAUCCAGCAGGCAAAACAUCAACAACAAACCGCUUUAACAUCCCUGGGAAAAUCGCUUGGAUCACGAUGGAAGCACCAGGGUUUUUGACGUUAUUAUAUGUCAUGAACACGCUUCCCGGAGAACUAGGCCUCAAAUCCUUACCGUGGGAGAAUAAAGCUAUGGGUGGUUUAUUCACAAUCCACUACAUCUACCGCUCCAUCAUCUCCCCCCUACUCAACCCAUCCAUGUCCCCCAUCCACCCCCUCGUCUGGGCCUUCGCCAUCGCAUUCCAAGUCGUAAACGGGCUGUCAAUCGGCGGCUACCUCGGCGGCCACGGCCCAACCACGCGUUUCGACUGGCAAGGGCGCGCGGACUUCAAGACCGGCGGACGCAUGGAGCUCGGCAUGAUGAUCUGGGGACUCGGCUUCAUCGCGAACGUCUGGCACGACGACGAGCUCCGCGAGAUUCGACGGGCCGCGAAGCGCAAUCUGCAGAGGAAGAUGGCGAAGGGAGAGGGGAAGGUGGAUAAGGUGUAUAUGAUGCCACAGAAUGGAUUGUUUAAUUAUAUUCUGUAUCCGCAUUAUUUCUGUGAGUGGAUUGAGUGGGCGGGUUUUUGGCUGAUGGCUGGGCCGGGUGCGACGCCGAUGAGGAAUUUCGUUGUGAAUGAGGUUGCGACGAUGUUGCCGAGGGCGGUUAGUGGGCGAAACUGGUAUAUUGAGAGGUUUGGGAAGGAGAAGGUUGGGAGUCGGAAGGCUAUCUUGCCGGGGAUUCUUUGA